AAAUUUGAUAGUUGUUCUGUCAAUGAUUUAUAAAAUAUAUAAGAAGUGUAAUCGGUUUGAAAUAAUUACUAAAUUAAAUAAUUUUGAAUGAAUUUCUAAUGCAUUUUUAAAUUAAUGCAGUAAUAUCGAGAUAUUUGAAUUUUUCUAAUUGAAACAAUGGCAUUGCAAACAGGUUAUAAACUAAGCAGAGCAUUAUUCCAAAAGAACCAAUUAUGGAAUUCUCAAAAAAAUAUAGAAAAUUGUUUGAUCAAACAAUAUACUUCUACGGAAUGGAAAAAUUUAAGUGAAAGACCAAAAAUCAAAGUAACUGAUAUGCCGCCUAUGGAUGAACCUGUUAAAGGAUUACCUAGACCGGUCUACGCUAAUUUUAAGGAAGAAGAUCAGAAGACGAAAGUAACUAUAUUAUCCAACGGUUUAACUGUAGCUUCUGAAAAUAGAUUCGGCGCUUUUUGUACUGUAGGAGUUGUUAUAGAUUCAGGAUCUCGAUACGAAGUGGCAUAUCCUAGCGGUAUAUCACAUUUUCUUGAAAAAUUAGCUUUCAAUUCGACAAAAUUUUACCCCGACAAGGAUGAUAUGAUAAAUAGAUUGGAACAGCACGGAGGCAUAUGCGACAGUCAAGCUUCAAGAGAUACAUUCAUUUAUGCGGCAUCAGCUUAUACAUCAGGUUUAAAUGAUGUUAUUCAACUGCUAGCUGAAGCUACUUUAAGACCAAACAUAACAAACGAAGAAUUAUUGAACGCCAAACAAGCCAUAAACUUCGAAUUGGAAACAUUAAAUAUGAGACCUGAACAAGAAACUAUAUUAAUGGACAUGAUACACGCAGCAGCAUAUAGUGACAAUACUUUAGGACUUCCGAAACUUUGUCCUCAAGAGAACGUUAACAAGAUUAGUAGAAAUAUGCUACUAACAUAUCUCAAAAACCAUUACACUCCUAAGAGAAUGGUUGUGGCAGGUGUGGGUGUCGAACACCCAAAAUUAGUUGAUGCUGUCCAAAAAUAUUUCGUAGAUAUCAAACCGGUUUGGGCGGAAAUACAGAAUUCAGAAACAAUUAAAGAUGUUAAUGUGGAUAAUAGUGUGUCUCAAUAUACGGGUGGUUUGGUACAUGAAGAAUGUGAAAUACCGCAGUUCGCUAGUGCAGGUCUCCCGGUACUUUCUCACGUGGUGAUUGGCUUAGAAAGCUGUUCUCAUCAAGAUAAGGACUUUAUAGCUACUUGUGUACUUAAUAUUAUGAUGGGGGGCGGAGGAUCUUUCAGUGCGGGUGGACCGGGGAAAGGAAUGUAUACUAGAUUAUAUACAAAUGUUUUAAAUAGAUACCACUGGAUGUACAGUGCUACCGCUUGUAACCACGCGUAUUCUGAUAGUGGUCUGUUUUGUAUACACGCCAGUGCACCACCUACUCACCUUAGAGAUAUGGUGGAAGUAGUAGUUAAAGAAUUAGUGGGCAUGCCAAAGAAUAUAACCGACGAAGAACUGAGGAGGGCCAAAACUCAAUUACAGUCCAUGUUACUGAUGAAUUUGGAAUCGAGACCUGUUAUGUUUGAAGAUAUCGGACGACAAGUUCUGGCGUCGGGACAAAGAAGGAGGCCGAGAUAUUUUAUAAACGAAAUUGAAAAGAUUUCUAAGGAUGACAUAGUGAGAGUUGCGAGAAGAUUACUCAGUUCUCAACCUGCCGUCGCCGCGAGAGGUGAUCUCAGAAAAAUGCCAUCUUUAGAAUAUAUACAAGCCGGACUUAUAGAUUCUGAAGGUAGGAUGCCCAGUGGUCGUAAAUUAUUACUAUUUAGGUAGAUGAAAUAAAAAUAUAAAAAUUAUUUGUAAAUUAUGUAAUUAAAUUUUUUUAAGUAAAUGUUUCUUUUAAAUGUUUUUCCCAGUAAACUCAUAAAUUAUCGCCAAAUAUCUACACGUUUUUAUAUUAUAAAUAGUUUGACAUUUGACACUCUCUUUAAUAGGUACGUUUCUUUAUUGAAUUCCGUAGCGAUUGAAAAGACCAAAGUGUCACUGAUUUCUACCCAUAGUGUAAACUACAAUUUUUCUUUUACACUAGCGAAGAUCUAUUAUUACUCACCUAAAUUAUACGUUUAAAAUGGAUAAUACGAAAACGUGUCGUAUGUAAACACAGCAUAAAUUACAGUUUUUCGUUGUAACAAAUCUUGUUUAUUAAACAAUUGUUAUAUUGGAUCUAUACGAACAUAUUUAGUUUUAUUAGUUUAUGUAUUAACAUAGAACUAAGUUUUUUAGAUUUGUGAUACUAAUUCUCAUAGAUAAAGAAAUAUAGAUAGAGAAAUUGUUACUUUAUGGUUCUUAAUUUUUAGUUUGAAAAAACUUUUUUAUAUAAUUCGUAACGUGAACUGGUAGAUAUUAAGAAUCUUUUAGUGUAAAAUCUGAUUAUACUUCAAUUUUUUGUUUGAAAAUACGAAUGUACAAUAUUACGUUAUCUAUGGUUAUUGAUCAAAGAAAGACGUAAAGAUAAAUAGUUUACAUGUCAAGUUAGAUACGUAUAAAUAAAUUUUUUUAGUUUAAUAGAGAAUUUUCAAAAUGAAUGUUAUAUCAGCAAUUAAAGCUUAUGUAGUAAAAAUGACAUCGGAAAGUGAACCGGGCAUGAAAGUAUUAUUAAUGGAUAAAGAAACGACAAGUGUUAUCAGUAUGGUAUAUGGACAAUCGGAAAUUCAACAGAAAGAGGUAUUUUUAUUAGAGAGAAUUGAUUCUCCAAACUUUCCUAAUUCAACAGGGCUUCGAUAUUUAAAAUGCUUAGCAUUUCUAAGACCUACGCAACAAAACAUCAGUGCUUUAUGUUCGGAACUUCGCAAUCCAAAAUACGGGGCCUAUUACAUAUAUUUCAGUAAUAUAAUAGCUAAAGCAGAUAUAAAAAUUCUGGCUGAACACGACGAACACGAAGUAGUCAAGGAAGUUCAAGAACUUUAUAUGGAUUAUUUAGCAGUAAACCCGCAUUUAUUUUCGUUAGGAUUGAGUAGUACGAUGACAAUGUUGAAUUGGAAUCCUUCUGCUUUGCAAUUAAGUGUUCAAGGGAUUAUUUCCGUAUUAUUAUCGUUAAAAAAAUGUCCGAUUAUACGUUAUCAAGCAAAUUCGAAUGUAUGUAAAGAUUUGGGUACUAGAAUAGACGAAGUAAUAAACAAAGAAUCUUCAUUAUUCGCUUUCAAUCAAAUAAAUAAUUCUUUACUGUUGAUAUUAGAUCGUAGAGAUGAUCCGGUUACACCUUUACUAAACCAGUGGACCUACCAAGCCAUGGUACACGAAUUAUUAACAAUAAACAAUAAUAGAGUGAAUCUAUCCAAUAUACCAGGCGUCGCGAAAGAAUUAACCGAAGUUGUGUUAUCCGUAGAACAAGAUACGUUCUAUGCUAAAAAUAUUUUUCUAAAUUACGGCGAAAUCGGCACUAACAUAAAACAAUUGAUGGAUCAUUUUCAGGCGAAAGCCAAAAGUCACCAAAAAAUCGAAACUAUCGCCGAUAUGAAAAAUUUCGUCGAAUCGUAUCCUCAAUUUAAAAAAUUAUCCGGAAACGUGACUAAACACGUGACUGUAAUUGGCGAACUUAGCGCUAUGGUGAAUAGACACAAUUUAUUAGACGUUUCUGAAAUAGAACAAGAACUGUCGUCCCAAAAUAACGAUCAUCACGCACAUCUUCAAAGUAUUAAAAAAUUGUUAACGAACGAUAAAAUCAGAGAUACCGACGCCGCCAAAUUAGUAAUGCUUUACGCUUUGAGAUAUCAGAAUCACAGUAACAACGAUGUAACAGGUCUGAUAGAGCUGCUUAAAAAAAGAAACGUCUCUGAUAGAUUAUUAAAAAAUAUUGUAAAUAUAUUAGAAUACGCCGGUUCACAUGCUAGACAAAGUGAUUUAUUUAACGUAGAAAACGCCGUCAAGAUAACCAAAAGAUUUAUAAAAGGCUUAAGUGGAGUGGAUAACGUUUAUACCCAACACAAACCGCUUCUACACGAAACUCUAGAAGAUUUAAUUAAAGGUAAAUUAAAAGAGCAAAUGUACCCCUAUUUGGGUAGCCACGGAGCUAACGGACGACCGCAGGAUAUAAUUAUUUUCAUAAUCGGAGGGGCUACUUACGAAGAAUCUUUAACCGUACAUUCCAUCAAUAAAAAUUAUCCGAGUUUCAACGUUUUAUUAGGUGGUACUACCAUUCAUAAUUCGUCUAGUUUUUUAAACGAAGUCGAACAAGCGACGAAAAACUGCGCUAGAAGACAUACAAGAAAUAUUCGUAAUAUACAUUUCGAUUGAAUAUAUUUUUUUUUACAUUCCCUAUAUCUAUAUCCAAAGAUGUAUAUGUGUAAUUAUUUAUUUACUUUUGUUAUAUUAUUAAAUAUAUUUGUUGUUACUAUAUAAUCAUUACAAACCUAUUUAUACA